UGUACAGUAGCUUUUACGAGCAGUGGCUUAGCACGGCGGUCUGUUUGUAAACACAUGUUCUACAUGUUUGAUGUGAUUUGUAAGCACAUGUUCUACAUGUUUGAUGUGAUUUUAUUGUUUACGGACUAGUUAGUUGCACCACAAGCUGAGCCGGGCGAGUCUUUCUUCCCAGCUGCACUUAAAAGCGUCCCAUGCCUGUGAGGUCAGUGUGGCUGACCAGCGGACUCGUUUUCUACUCUCUUACUUUUAGGACUUCUGUGUGUUCCUUGUGGAAACUAACGCGGAGGCAACAUCCGCCGCAAACAUUGCAGCAGUUUAACUCGUCGACAGUCAGCUGGUGGCCUUUAAAAGCGGCGCGGACUGCCUCGAUGGAGCUAUGAAAACAUAAAUAUUCGACUUCCGGAUGAGCAUCGCGAGGCAGUUGUGCUCCAGGUUGGCAUUUGGACCAGCUAGCAAGUCCUGCAGGAGAAAGUUUUUCACUUCCCAAAAAGCAUCAGUUCAUUCUGGUCCUGGUCCGGCAGCACGCCAUGGCGUCUCGACACGGCAACUCCAAGAGGAUCGAGGGCCUGGACAAGAACGUGUGGGUGGCCUUCACCUCGCUGGCGGCCGACCCGUCCGUGGUCAACCUGGGCCAAGGCUUCCCGGACGUGGAUCUGCCGCCGUACAUCAAGGAGGCGCUGGUGGAGGCGGUGUCGGUGGACAAGAUGAACCAGUACACCCGGGGCUUCGGACACCCCGCUUUGGUGAAGGCGCUCUCCCAGGUGUAUGGGAAGGUGCAGGGACGCCAUAUUGACCCCAUGAAAGAAGUCCUGGUCACCGUCGGCGGGUACGGCUCCUUGUUCUGCACCAUGCAGGGUCUGGUGGACCCGGGCGACGAGGUGAUCGUCAUAGAACCUUUCUUUGACUGCUACGUGCCCAUGGUCCGCAUGGCCGGCGCCACGCCCGUCUUGGUCUCGCUACGCCCGAAACCGGGGAGGAAAACCGCCUCCAGCGCCGACUGGUUCCUGGACCCCGAGGAGCUGGCCGGUAAAUUCACCUCCAAAACCAAGGCCAUCAUCGUCAACACCCCGCACAACCCCGUGGGGAAGGUGUUCAGCAGAGAGGAGCUGCAGGUGAUCGCUGACUUGUGCCUCAAACACGACACGCUGUGCUUCAGUGACGAGGUCUACGAGUGGAUCGUCUACCGGGGGGGCCAGCACCUGAAAAUAGCCACUUUGCCGGGCAUGUGGGAUCGAACCAUCACCAUUGGCAGCGCGGGGAAGACGUUUAGCGUGACCGGAUGGAAGCUGGGUUGGUCCAUCGGACCCCCGCACCUGAUCAGGCACCUUCAGACCGUCAUGCAGAACACGCUGUACACCUGCCCCACACCUUUGCAGGAGGCCGUGGCGCAAAGUUUGCUGCGGAACUACGAGAUGAUGGGUCAGCCCGAGUGCUACCUGACCUCUCUGGCGGAGGAGCUGGAGGGGAAGAGAGACCGCCUGGCCGCCAUCCUGCAGGAGGCGGGGUUGUCGCCCAUCGUCCCCGAGGGAGGCUACUUCAUGCUGGCGGACGUCACGGCGCUCAAUCAGAACUUGUCUCACAUGGGCGAUGACGAGGCCUACGACUACAAGUUUGUCAAGUGGAUGAUCAAAGAAAAGAAACUGGCGGCCAUUCCUGUCACUGCCUUCGUGGGGGAGGAGUCCACCAAGUUCUUUGAGAAAUAUAUCCGUCUUUGCUUCAUCAAGAGAGACAGCACUCUAGCAGCAGCAGAGAGCAUCCUGAGGAAGUGGAAGGACACUGAAGUCAAGAAUGACAGCUCAGUGUUAAAGUGAAGUCAAGGACAACUCAGCAGGACAAUGAAAAGACUGAAGUCAAGAAGGAAAAUGAAGUCAAGGGUUGUGUUCCAGGUCCACUUUCCUUCUGUGGAGACACAACAAGUACCACAUCCAGUUAGAUAGACCAGAAACAACAAACCCAUUAAUUAAAGUCCAUGUAAAAAAACAUUUGUGUUAUAGAAUAUCCUCCUUAAAUGCUACGUUUUACACCUCGCAACCAGAAGAAAUGUUGUAGAAUAAAGCAAGGUCAGUUCCAGUAUAAAUGUUGUGGUUGAGUCUGCGUUAUAAUCUGCUGGAGGUUUUAAAUAAAUCAAACGUUCUCUG